AAGAAUUCCUGGCGGGCUUGUUCGCGACGCGGGUGGAUAUAAUCUUUUCGAGGGAUGGGAGGACUUAUCUCUUAAAGUUUCCAAAUAUGAUGUGUUCUUGAGCGGGUUUGACUCUACGGAAUUCCAGUUACCGUGUGAAAUUUAUCCCGCGCCCAACCGCGCAGUAACAGAGCUGAGACUCUGACCUUAGGCCCGCUUGGUCGCGACGGGGGGACACAGAAUUUCAUUCACGUUUGACACCCCUGCCAUACUUGCGAUAUACGAAUCAUAGGUCUAAAUAAUCAGCUCUCACCAUGAAAAGUUUACGGAGGGACCGCUCCUCCCACCCACACGCUGCGAAUGUUUCCAGCAAAAUCUUUGUGAGGACAACUAAGAGCGGAAAGGUUCAGAAGAUUGUACGAGAACUAUAUCUGAGACAAGACAUUCCGUGCUCAUCAAAAUUAUGCCCGUCAUGCCUCUCAUAUGCGCCAACGGAUGCCAAUGGCAACAUCACGCCGUUUGUCUUAUCUGAGCGACCAGCCGGGACGAAAGCAUUUCCGAGAGGGCAUUACCUGAUGCCAGAUACCAAUGCGCUUCUCAAUGGAAUGGAUCUUUUCGAGCAGACAAGCGCGUUCUACGAUGUGAUCGUCUUACAGACAGUUCUAGAAGAGCUUAAGAACCAGUCCCUCCCUUUAUAUAAUCGGUUAAUUUCCUUAAUUCGGAGCGAGGAGAAGCGGUACUACCUCUUUUUCAACGAAUUCCGCUUGGAAACACAUGUUCGCCGCCAGCGAGACGAGAGUAUAAACGAUCGCAAUGACAGGGCUGUGCGUCGGGCAGCAAACUGGUACUCUGAGCAUUUAAGCGAGGUUUUGAAGCAAAGCAGGAAAAAUUAUACGGUACCGGCAAUCGUUGUUAUUACAGACGAUAAGGACAAUAUCUUGAAGGCGAAGAAAGAGGGCGUUUCUGCGUUGUCGUUGUCAGAUUAUGUCGCAGGCCUUGACGAUGCAGACAGACUCCUGGACAUGGUUAAUGAGUCGAGAUCUGCACACGACGCCAAACUUCAGAGAGGGCAAUUGAUUUAUCCGGAGUACUAUUCCAUGUCAAAGUUGAUGACGGGUUUACGUGCAGGAACUUUACACCAAGGCAUAUUCAACGUUUCUCCUUACAACUACCUCGAAGGAUCAGUUCAGGUGGCGGCGUUCGACAAGUCUCUGCUUAUUCUUGGUCGAGAGAAUAGUAAUCGAGCAAUCGCCGGAGAUUUAGUGGUCGUUGAGAUAUUGCCAAAGGAUCAGUGGAAGUCUCCUUCCACGAAGAUCGUGGAUGAAGAGGCGCUCACGAAAGACGAAAAUCCCGAGUCUGAAGAAAAUGAAGCAGUGGUGACAGAAAGAGAGCGAAGAGCACUUCAAGAGGAAGUCAGAAAAGCCCACGGAACAAACCCUGAAGGGCGACCGCAGCCCACAGCCCGUGUAGUUGGCGUGAUCAAGAGGAACUGGCGUCAAUAUGUGGGUAAUAUUGAUGGCGGGUCAUUUAGUUCUGAAGCUUCGUCCGGUCGCAGGCAACAAGCAGUAUUUGUCAUUCCCAUGGAUAAACGUGUCCCGAAAAUUAAAAUACGCACCCGACAGGCCAGUGAACUACUGGGUCAGCGUAUAUUGAUAACAAUUGAUGCCUGGGAUCGCGACUCGCGCUAUCCAACUGGCCACUUCGUCCGUUCCUUGGGUGAACUGGAGACAAAGGGAGCGGAAACCGAGGCCCUCCUACUUGAGUACGACGUGCAAUAUAGGCCGUUCUCGCAAGCAGUCCUCAAUUGUCUUCCGCCCGAAGGGCACAGCUGGAAAGUUCCUGGAAACUUGGAUGACCCAUUAUGGAAAGAUCGGAAGGACUUGAGAGAUUUGCUAGUUUGCAGUAUUGACCCUCCAGGAUGUCAGGAUAUUGACGAUACUCUACAUUCAAGACCAUUGCCAAAUGGAAAUUUCGAGGUUGGUGUUCAUAUCGCGGAUGUAUCCCACUUUGUUCAGCCCAACAACGCCAUGGACAUUGAAGCCAGCAUGAGAGGAACUACCGUGUAUCUGGUUGAUAAGCGUAUUGACAUGUUACCAAUGCUUCUCGGCACCGACCUCUGCUCCUUAAAACCGUAUGUUGAGCGCUUUGCGUUCUCGGUAAUCUGGGAGAUGACGCCUGACGCGGAGAUAGUAUCAGCCAAUUUUACCAAGUCCGUGAUUCUUUCCAAGGAAGCUUUUAGCUACGAACAAGCGCAGUUGCGAAUUGAUGAUGAGUCUAAGAAAGAUGAGCUGACCCAAAGCAUGCGCACAUUGCUGCGCAUGUCCAAGAUCCUACGACAAAAACGCAUGGACGCUGGAGCUCUUAACCUUGCUUCCCCAGAAGUCCGUAUCGAAACUGAAUCGGAACUCAAUGAUCCAGUAGCCGACGUGAAAACUAAAGCUCUUCUCGCUACCAACAGCCUUGUUGAAGAAUUCAUGUUGCUCGCCAACAUCACCGUCGCCUCCCGCAUAUAUCAAUCAUUUCCACAAACCGCCCUUCUUCGGCGUCAUGCCACACCUCCCCCCCAAAACUUCGAACAGCUAAUCGCUCAACUCUCUAAAAAGCGCGGCCUCACCCUCGAUGUAUCUAGCUCCCUAGCCCUCGCAAACUCCCUCGACAAAUGCGUCGACCCAUCCAACCCAUUUUUCAACACCCUAAUCCGUAUCCUUGCAACCCGCUGCAUGACUUCAGCCGAAUACUUCUGCGCCGGGGCCCAUGCAGAAUCAGAGUUCCGCCACUACGGUCUCGCCUCGUCGAUCUACACGCAUUUCACCUCCCCAAUUCGUCGAUACGCUGACUUGGUGGUCCAUCGCCAACUCGCAGCCGCCAUCGGGUACGAAGGACCCGGCGCGUCUGUGGGCGAAGGCCUCGCAACGCGCAGUAAACUAGAAGAUAUUUGCAAGAACAUCAACCACCGACACCGCAAUGCGCAGUUCGCUGGCCGCGCAAGCAUAGAGUACUACGUCGGCCAGGCGCUCAAAGCACGCGGCGAGAUGGAAGCUGCGAAAUCCGGCAAUGAGAACGGCGCUGCUGCGGGCGUUGAUGAAGAGGGCUACGUGAUGCGCGUGUUUGAUAAUGGGAUUGUGGUCUUUGUGCCGAGGUUCGGAAUUGAGGGCGUGGUUAGGCUGGAGGAUUUCUUGCUCCCUGGACAGAAGGUUGAUGAGAUUGGGGUUCGUGGGGGGAAGCAUAUUGCCGCGAGGAGAGAGAGCGAGUUUGAUCCCGAGGAAUAUGCGCUGAGGGUGCGAGAGAAGCAGCAUGAGGGAGAAGAUGGGGGUGAGAAGGUGAAGGCGGGAAGUGUCUACAUUGAGUUGUUUGAAAAGGUCAAGGUGAAUGUGAGUUCCGUGAAGGAAGAAGGGGUUCGCGGGGCGGGUAAGCGGAGAGUACGGAUUUUGGUCUUGGGAAAGGCGUAAUAUCUAGUCUCUUUGCUCUCUAGGUUUUGCCUUUUAUGUUGUUGUGGCAUCUUUUUCUGGGAAGAAUGCAUCUAGCGGGCUAUUCACCCCUACUUUUGUUAUAAAAAAUAAAAAUUUUCAAUUUCUCG